GUUGCAUUGGUAAUGCGUGAAUUGUAUACGACGGGUGUAAACAAUAAACGGUCCGUAUACACAUUCACGGUACUCGUUCGUGUAAAUAUUAACUGUGUAUAUUAUACACGCGUGCCUUAAUCACAUAUAAUAAUAAUUAGUUACGGUUUUAUGUGUUUUUAUAAUUUUUAGUUUUUUAAUUAAUAGAAAAAUUUAAGGAUUUUUUGAGGAAAAAAAAUUCUAUUUCAUAUUCUUAGUAACUUUUAUGAUUAUUGCCGUGUACGUAUUAUAAUAAACGACGAUCGCGCGAGCUCGAGCGCCAUCAACAUAACGGUAUGGAUAUGUUGAUCGUUAAGACCGAAGACGAAAAUGACGAGAGAAAAUCUCUCAACAACAGCAAUAAUAAUAACAACAACCAUAACCACAACAAUAAUAACAAUUGUAAGAAGAACAACGGCGACGGAACAACAACGAAAACGGUGACUGCGACUGGUGGCGUCGGGACCGGUAGGUCUGAAAAACCACCCUACUCGUAUAUAGCCUUAAUAGUCAUGGCAAUCCAGAGUUCACCGGUGAAAAGACUUACCCUCAGCGAAAUAUACUCUUUCCUCCAGCACAGAUUCCCUUUCUUCAGAGGUUCCUAUCAGGGAUGGAAAAACUCAGUGCGACAUAAUCUGUCGUUAAACGAAUGUUUCAUCAAGCUACCGAAAGGGCUUGGACGUCCUGGCAAAGGUCACUACUGGACGGUGGAUCCAGCGUCGGAGUUAAUGUUUGAGGAGAGCUCGUUCAGGCGAAGACCUCGGGGAUUCCGUCGCAAGUGCCAACAGAAGACUGUUGGACCGAUCGGCGGAGUCGGUAAUGGUUAUCAAACGUCACAGUACCACCAGCACCUCCACCACCAUCACCAUCACCAAAACCURCAGUUGCAGCAACAGCAACAGCAUCACCAUCAUCCGUCCGUCCAACAGCAGCAACCGCAGUCGUUGCCACAGACACAGCCAUCGACGGUUCUGCCACCUCCACAGCCUCCACAGCAGCAGCAACAGCAAACAGUUGCCACUCAACCACAUGCGCAACAAUCGCAACCACAGUCACAGGCGGCUGCGUGUUACCUCCACGACCAGUACGAUUACAAGGAGGCCACGGCUGCGAUGGUCGCGGGAUACCAUCACCAGCARCAACAGCAACAGGACUACAGUAAUGGUGCGGGCGGUGGAGGAAUUGGCGUCAGCAGCAGUGGAGGGUACUGCAGCAGGAACGACCAGUUGGACCAUUUUGCGGCCAGUUUUUGGCAGAGCCAAAAGUCUGAUGGUUACGCAGGAGGCGCAGGUGGUUACCAAGAACAGUUUGAUUACGGUUGCCAGUAUAACUUGACACACGACAACGGUUAUAGCACGGUUGCGAGAAGAUCUGCGACUGCGGCCGGACAAACACAACAUAACGUCAUGGACAACCCUAUGAACGCCAGUAAUGGAUUAUCACAACAYAUAAGUCUCCACCAUUAUUAUGACUGCCCCAAGUUUUGCUGAACUAUCGUCUUUUAUAUAAGUAUAUUGUACAUGACACAUACAGGAUUUUCAUAUUUCGAAAAAGCGUUUAAUAACACUGCAGUAACACAAUAAAAAUCGUAGAAAUUUCAAAAAUAAUAUUCCAUUCAAAUCGAUUAUAAUUUUCUWUUGUAUGUAUGAAUAUAAAAUAAGAUAUAUGUUGUCUAAAUGUAUUUUUGAUAUUAUAUCACGAAAUGUAUAUAACGCGUGUAUAAACAUUAAAAUGGAUGGAUAGCCAAAUCGGUAUAUUGAAGCAUUACGUUAUCACGUGAUUCUUUUCAAUAUAUCUUUCAAUUUAAGUUUUAACGAAUAAUAGCUGAAUAUGUUAUCUUUAAUUCGAACAAUUAACUGGCUUCAGUGCAUGCAGCAGUGAGCUGUGAGUACAGUAUACAUAUUACAUGAGUAGUGAAAUAAUAUUUUACAUCCAUGUAUGAAAUAGUUUUUUUUUUUUUAACUUUUAAAGCAACAAACAUAUUGCUUGGCUUAUCAUAAAAAAAAACUUUUUGUUUUUAUGAAUUAAACGAUCCACAUUAAUGAAAUAAGCUACCAGCAGAUAUAAAAAAUU